CAAGAUCUUCCGGGCACUAGCUACUACCGAUCGAAUAUAUAUCAGUCGUUGAUCGAAGAUGGGCGCAAAUCCAAGCAUCAAAACCGCGGUUUUCGCAGUAUUAGUUUCCACGUGUCUCUUGCUCUCUCAAGCGCGCAUUCUCAACAACCAUCUUUACAAAAAUGACAAUGACAGUACUACUGUUAUUGUGGCUGAACAUGGCGAUGACGCCCUGGAGAAUCUCAGGGCAUUCAUUCCCUCGGAGAUCAUUGAAAUAUCUAAAAGAAGAUAUCUGCCGGAAAUAAAUAGACUAGCCCCCGGAGGUCCUAAUCAUAGUCCUAGUGGUCCUAAAUUAUAAUAAUUAAUGUUAUGCCAGAUAAAUAAGCAAGCAAUACUUGGAAAUAUUAUAUAUGGAGCAUAUAAAGAUCCAGCCAGUUAGCUGGCUAGCUCAUUUUAUUAUAAUUUAAAAGAUAUAUAUUAUUAUACUUGCGGUUUCGUGAGAGAAAGCUAAGGGUGUAUUAUGCAUAAAUAAAUAUGGAACGUGAUCCUGAUGUUACUACACGUUCUAUAUAUGUUGUGUCGACGUAAUCUAUUCUAUAAUUAUUUCCCUGUAUUUCGUUUUUAUUAUCAUAUAUAAAGUCAAGUCCAUGUU